GAUGAGGAUUGCUGGAUGAAGGGCAACCCCAGGACUCUGAGCCAGAUGUCAGAGAAAAGUUAGAUUUCUUUGUGAGCAGCUUACACAGCAUCCACAAGUGCUCUUCCCCUUUGUGGCUCCUGGAGGUGCUGAGAUCCUUGUGCCGACAUGGCAUUUAGGAGGACAGAGGGAAUGUCCAUCAUCCAGGCCUUGGCAAUGACAGUGGCAGAGAUCCCCGUGUUUGUUUACACAACAUUUGGGCAGUCUGUCUUCUCUCAGCUGCGGCUCUCUCCAGGCCUGCGUAAGGUGCUGUUUGCUACAGCUCUCGGGACAGUUGCGUUGGCUCUUGCAGCUCAUCAGCUGAAGCGUCGUCGUCGUCGAAAGAAGCAGAUUGCUCCAGAGAAGUGUGGCUUUAAGCCUGGAGGGAUCACAGUGCCCAUCUUGCCAAGCAGAAGGGUCUCCUCUGUGAAGAAAGGAUACUCCAGCAAGAGAGUCCAGAGUCCUGGCAGCAAGAGCAAUGACACGCUCAGCGGGAUUUCCUCCAUCGAACCCAGCAAACAUUCCAGUUCAUCCCACAGCCUCGCCUCGAUGGUAGCAGUCAACUCUUCGAGUCCAACACCGUGGGAGGCUCAGGCAAUGGGGGAUGCUGGAGGCAUUGGUGAUUCCAGUGCAGAAAGCCUCUACUUUCAAGGUAUGGAGCUAUUUGAGGAGGCCCUGCAGAAGUGGGAGCAAGCACUGACCAUCAGGCAGAGGGACAGUGCCAGUACCAGCACCCCCGUGCCCUGGGACAGCAAGAAACAGCAAGAGAGCAUGUCUGAGAACAUCCCAGAGGAGGAGUCUCAGAAAAGGGAGUUUGCUGAGAAGCUGGAGUCCCUCUUGCACCGAGCCUACCACCUCCAGGAAGAGUUUGGGACUUCGUUUCCAUCAGACAGCAUGCUGCUGGAUCUGGAGAAGACUUUAAUGCUUCCGUUGACGGAUGGGUCAUUGCGGCUUCGGACGGAUGAUGAAGACAGCUCCACUUCCGAGGACUCUUUCUUCUCUGCAGCAGAGCUCUUUGACUCUCUCCACUUUGAGGAAAUGCCAUUCCACCUCUCUAAGCCAGUAGCGGCAUAUGAAGAAGCUCUGCAGUUAGUGAAAGAAGGGAAGGUUGCAUGCCGGACGCUGAGGACAGAGCUCCUUGGCUGCUACAGUGACCAGGAUUUCCUCGCGAAGCUGCAUUGUGUCAGGCAGGCCUUCCAGGAGCUGCUGGAAGAUGAAAGCAAUCAACUGUUUUUUGGGGAGGUUGGGAAGCAAAUGGUCAUAGGACUGAUGACAAAAGCUGAAAAGAAUCCCAAAGCUUUUCUGGAAAGCUACGAGGAGAUGCUGAAUUAUGCACUGAAGCAAGAGACCUGGCCGACCACUCAGCAGGAGCUGGAGGGAAGAGGGGUGGUGUGCAUGAGUUUCUUUGACAUUGUGCUGGACUUCAUCCUCAUGGAUGCUUUUGAGGAUCUGGAGAACCCCCCCUCUUCUGUGCUGGCUGUUCUGCGCAACCGAUGGCUCUCCGACAGCUUCAAGGAGACGGCUCUAGCAACUGCCUGUUGGUCAGUUCUGAAAGCAAAAAGGAGGCUUCUGAUGGUACCAGAUGGCUUUAUCUCUCAUUUCUACUCCGUAUCGGAGCAUGUCAGUCCUGUUCUAGCCUUUGGUUUUCUGGGGCCCAAGCAGCAGCUAGCCGAAGUCUGCAGUUUCUUCAAGCACCAGAUAGUACAAUAUCUGAAGGACAUGUUUGAUUUUGACAAUGUGAGAUACACAACGGUGCAGUCGCUGGCAGAAGACAUUUUGCAGCUGUCACGGCGGCGCAGCGAGAUCCUCUUGGGAUAUCUGGGCACCGAGACUUCCCCUGAGAUGAACGGCUCGCUUCCUGGUGAAAAUGAGCCACUGAAGGAGCUCAUCUGA